AUGUCGACCAUUUCUCGCCGGCGAGGAAAACCCAUCGAAGAGCCGCCACUGAUUCAAAAUCCAGAGGAUUCCGAGAAAGACGAUCCAUCCCUAUUAAGCUCUUCCCAUUGGCUUGCAAUUUUUCUAAUCUAUUCAACAGUUGUCCUAGGCUCAAUCUACUUGCACAAAUGCCUUCCAACACCUCUUGAACCUAACAAAGAAAAUUCUCAAUUCUCUGAAGUGCGCGCCAUCAAAAUUCUCGAAGAGCUUUCGAAUUUCGGAUGGAAACCGGCAGGUUCUCACAAUUGCGAGGAAUUGACUAGGAACCGAAUACUGAAGGAGCUGCAGCUUAUCAAAUCCAACGCCGCUGGAGACGUGAGGUUUGACAUCGACACUCAAUACGUGAACGGAUGUUUCGAUAUACCAGCACAUGAUACCGAAGGGAUGAACAUCUGCUAUAAGAAUGUCUCGAAUGUGAUCGCGCGUCUCGGCCAGACGCCCAAGCACGAUUCGAUCGCCGUCCUUCUCAAUUGCCACUAUGACAGCUGGCCCACGAGUAGUGCAGGUAGCGACGAUCUCUCAUCUUGUGCUCUCAUGCUGGAGCUCAUUCGCAUCUACUCCUCCCAUCCGAACCUGUUGAAGCAUGAUGUCAUCUUUCUCUUCAACGGCGCCGAAGAGUCGAGUCUUCUCGCCGCGCACGGCUUCAUCACCCAACAUCGCUGGCGUCAUGACAUUCGCGCAUUCAUCAAUCUGGAAGCGAGCGGCUCCGGCGGUCGGGAGCUUCUCUUCCAGGCGGGACCCGCGAACGAAUGGCUCCUCAAUUCCUACCUCGAAGCCGCCGUUCAUCCGCAUUGCAGUGUUCUCGGCCAAGAGGUCUUCCAGAGCGGCGUCUAUCCCGGCGACACCGAUUUUCGGGUGUUCCGCGAUCACGGCCGAGUGCCCGGUCUCGAUCUCGCGUUCGUCCAAAACGGCUAUUGGUGGCAUACGGAGUUCGACGAGGCGUUCCGAAUCGCUUCCGGCUCAUUGCAACGAGCCGGCGAGAAUGUGCUCAGCACACUCAAUCAUCUACUAGCGUCGCCGUAUUUGGAGAAGCCCGCCGAAUACGCGGAUCGCAAGACGGUGUUCUUUGAUUUUCUUGGUCUUUUCGUUGUGAUCUACCCACUAUCGAUUGCUCAUCUGAUAAACAUUACCGUAAUCCUGCUAGUCUUCUAUCUCGCCUUCAAAUCCUACCGUACUUAUUCCUCAAUUUUUCUGAUCGCCGCUCGGGACUACAUUCUAGUCUGUGCCAGCAUGACUACCGUGAUCUACUGCAUGAUUCAAAUGUCGCUGUUCAACUACGGCGCCCUUCGCUGGUACACGAGACAUUGGCUGGCAACGGUCGCCUAUGGCCUUCCAUGCGUCUGGACGGGACUGUCUGUUCAAGGCCUCCUGGCCGCCAGGGUGCCUGUAAAGGCCAGAAAGGAGUACGCCAGAUCGCUGGAGAUCCAGCAUCUCGUUGUGAUCUCGCUGAUCCUUUUCGUCUUCACCUACUACAACAUCGCCAGCGGUUUUCUGUUCGCCUUGCAGCUUCUGCCGGUCAUCAAAAUGCAACUAGUCGACUUUGGACCCAAUCUCAACGUCUUGUCGACGGUACUACUGUCGUUGCCCGGCUGCUCAAUGUGCAUUUACACUGCCGAAAUGCUGCUCUCGAUUUUCAUUCCAAUCAUGGGGCGAACCUCGGGCAAUCCCGAACCCAUCGUUGCCACUUUUGUCGGCUUCGCCGGAUUCGCCAUCGUCCUCUCUUUAAUGGGUCUCGCGGCGCGCACCAAAAACUCUCGAUCGCCGGAAGAGUCAAGUGUGUUGAAUUUGAUCUACACGCUCGCUGGUGUCAUUCUUUCCACCCUCACCAUUCUCUACGUUUUCUCGUGUGUCUGGCCUUCACCGUAUAAUUUCGAUGUACAGUAUCCGACCACAAAGCGUACGCAAUUCUUCCAUGUCAACCAGCUACUGUACACAAGAGAGGUCGAGGUUUCGGUGAACGAGACAAGAUUCUACGCGAUCUCUCAUGAUUACCGAGGCGCUGAUGACAUCCCAUUCGUCUAUGCCGAUGACAAUUACACCGUCCUCCAUUGCCAUUACAACAACAAUCCGUACUGCGAAGUGCCGUAUUUGUUCCCGACACGAAAUCGCAUAAAGGAGCGGCAUAUUCGUGUGCGACCAGUUGAGGAGCGUUUGAAAUUUCCGUUCGAGACCCGCCUUGAGUCGAAACUCAAAAAGAGGGCCGAAAUUGGAGGCGCGGCGAGCAUUGAAUACUCGCUGAGCGUCAUCGGCACCGGCCAGAUAUCGGUAUACCUGAUUCCCGAUGACGGCUGGACUGUGGCAAGCACGUCGGUGGCGGUGCCUUCGACACCUCAACACCACAUGUUCCUCUAUUUCACAUGUUCAGCACCUGGCAACAGGUGCCAGUGGGAUUUUGAUAUUGUCAUCAAGAAAAUGGAUAAUCGGGUUAGCGACGAGAAGCCGCUUCUGGUCGGCGUCUCCAGCCACUACUUACACGGUGAACAUAUGCAAUCGAAGUCGAUUCGAAAUAUGAUCCAGAAGAUCCAUGAGAAUCGCGUCAAGAGCCCAUCAUGGGCGAUCACCGCCAGCGCGUGGAACGUCGAUCAGAUCUACAAGUACUUUUGA